GUUCAUUACAUCUCGCAUGUGUCUGCGCCCGAAUGCGUCGUAUUCCACGGCGGAUCCACUAGAGGGCCAAACUGGCUUGCAAGCGGCAACUGUAUUUGGGGACGACAUUGAACACGAUUUGGUGCUGGACUUCCUCAACCACCUUGACAGUCCCACGCGAAUACAGACCAACGUGAACUUUGAAACCCAGAACGGCAUGACACCCCUGAUCCUUGCAUGUGUGUUGAAUCUCCACCUGGAUCGCCUCUUGGCCGAGCCGACGUUGGACAUCAACUACAAGAACGCGUUCAGCUACAGUGCGCUGAUGGCCGCGUGCGAAGCCAACCAGCUCGGCGUCGUCAAGAAACUGCUGAGGCAGCCUGCGAUCAAUCGCAGUGACCUGAAUCCGGGAUUCUGUCUGGCGUGCAAGGGUGGGCACCAGGCGCUCGUGGAAUUUCUGCUGCAGUGCCCACAAGUCGACUUGAACUAUGGCAUGUCCAACGACGACGAGUUUGAGGACAUAACGGGGUUCAACCAAGCCAUCACGAAUGGUCACUUGGACGUGGUAUACUCGGUGCUCAUGCAUUCGUUGGACAUCGAAGGCGGCCUCGACAUCCGAGUGGGGGGCUUCACCACGGCGUGUCAAGUGGGCGAGAAGGACAUCGCGACGCUAAUUUUGUCGAGUGAGCACGGCAUCACCGCCGACCACGUCAACUACGGUUUCCACGAAGCGUGUUUGAAUGGCCACUUGGACGUGGUGCAGCACUUGGUCCAACACUGCGGCGUGGACGUCAACUAUGGCGUACCGCUCAACGACGAGAAUGAAAAUGAAAAGGACAUGUUUCCGCACGGUGUGUCGUCGUUCUACUUGGCGUGCCAGAGCGACCACGCCGAAGUCGUCCGGUUCCUUCUGUCGCUGCCGCAAUUGGACCCCCGUCAGCUGUGCAACGCACUUUGUGCUGCACAAGACAUGGACAUUGUCGAGAUGGUGCUGGCCCAUCCCCACUUUAACAUCAACAGCGACGUGGCGCUUGGGGUCGCGUGUGCACACGGGCGUCUGGAGGUGGUGAAGUUGCUCCUGGCGUGCCCUGCCUUGGACUCUGCUCACGUCGAACUGGGUUUGUUUUUGGCGUGUCAGACUGGGCAUGCCACGAUCGUGCGAUAUCUGUUGCAGACAUCCCCCCAUCCAGUCAAUGAGAAUGUGACGUGCCUUGUGGUGGCGUGUGGCCACGGCCACGAAGCUGUAGUUAGCGUCCUUCUACAGCACCCAGCCAUUGAAGUGAAUGCUGUCCAAGGGAUGCCGUACGUGUCGUUAGUGCAAGCGUGUGCGUUUGGGCAUUUUGAAGUCGUCAAACUCUUGCUGGGGCAUCCGAGUGUGGACGUGCACUGCAAAAGCGCGAGAGGCACGACGGCCAUGGCGGUGGCGACUGUGGCAAACACGUGA